AUGGCAUCUUUCAACAAGAGGCUGCUGGUUGCCAUACUGUUGCUUCUUAUCUCAUUAGCCAUUCAGAUAUCAGAUGGGGAGAUGGAGCAAUGGUGUGUAGCAGAUGAACAAACACCAGACAAUGAGCUGCAGGCAGCCACUGAUUGGGCUUGUGGGAAAGGGGGUGCAGAUUGCAGUAAGAUUCAGUUGAACCAGGCCUGCUUUUGGCCCAACACAACCAAGGACCAUGCCUCUUAUGCCUUCAACAGCUACUUCCAGAAGUUCAAGAACAGUGGUGGAUCUUGUUAUUUCAAUGGAGCCGCCAUUGUCACUGACCUUGAUCCAAGUUAUAACUCUUGCCAGUACGAGUUCAUUCCGUAAUCCAACGCCAAGCAGACGGAGAGGGGGAAUUCCUUUGCUCCAUUCUUUAUGUCUACCCAGAGGAAGAAAUUUGAUCAUGACGUUAUAGAUUCAAAUUUUUCAGUAAUGAAUUUUCUGUUGGUCGCCUUUUCCCCUCGUUUGAGGCUUCACUUAUCGCCGUUUUUCUAGUUUUAGCACCAAUUAUCGCUACAGUUGAUUUCUUUUUCAAACGUGCUUUUGAUGAAUUACAAA